CAAUGCAGACUUCAACACCGGAUUUACUUUCUACGCCAACGAGACGAUGGUAGAGAGGUCCUGAUUUUCGAGCUUCUACCCUUCCCAUCAAAGGCGCCAUGAUUGACACCGAGAACCUGCGCACGGCUUCGCUGUACAUCAACAACCAGCUCCUGUCUCGGGGCCUGAUCAAAGAUGGUCAGAGCAUCGAUUUUGCGAGUCCAUGUGACGGUGACGAUGGCGCAUACACCAUGGGCCGCAUCAUCAGCGUGGUGAACGACCUCAUAUUGAGGCGUGAUCGCGAUGCUGCACAGCGCGAAUCACUCUCGGCAACGAUGCGAGCUUUGCGCACUGACAACUUGAAACUUACAAACGAUUUGACACGGCUGUCGGAGAAGAGCAGCGAGGCUCAACGGAAGCUCGACAUUGCCGAGUCCUCAGAGACCGCCGCCAGAACCCAGCUACGGUCCGCCGAGGCUGCUGUGAGGGGGCUCAAGGAAGAGAUGGCGCGGACGAAAGCCCUGGUGGCGCAAGCGCGAUCAGCGUGCGCGAACGACGUCAGACGGCGGGAUCGACAGAUUGACACGCUCAAGAAGCAGCUGGGCGAAGCUGGUCGGCCGCGCGGUACGAGGUCGAGCCCAGCCAUCACCACGAUCAAUAUUACGGGGGACUUUGGGGCGGAGAAGCAGUCCGCUACAUCCAAGUCAAACACGGCGACGGAAGAGUACAGCCUGCGCAGCGAGACGAACGGGUUCCUGGCCAAACUGGCGCAAGACCUCAGCGAAGAGAAUGAAGCGAUACUCAACGCUAUGCGACAUACGAUGACGACGUUACGACAUAUGAGCGGCUACAAUAAAGCAAGAGAUGGGGACGGGAAUGCUGUGAAGCAACCGUCAUGGGAGGACAUGGCCUCUGAGCUUGACUCGGUGUUGGAACACAUGAAGACCAUCCUGACGAACCCAUCAUUCGUGCCGAUAGAGGAGGUCGAGAUUCGGGAAGAAGAGAUCAAUCGACUCAAGGAUGGAUGGGUCAAGAUGGAGAAUCGGUGGAAGGAAGCAGUGCUGCUGAUAGACAGUUGGCGCAAGCGGAUGGCUGCCAGCGGCGAGCCGGUACGCGAGGACGAGCUGCAGAUGAGCUUGCGCCUCAGUCCGAUCCGCGUGGGAAGUGCCAAAGGGCAUCAGAACACUGGAUUGCUUGGACUCUCCACUGUGGCAGAGGAAUGCGAAGAGAGCAUGUCACAUGCGCAGCGGUCACCGUGUCCGGCGGCCGCCCAGCCUGCUCGAGUCCACGACCUGCAGCUCGAUGAGCAGGACGAGUCAAGCUUGGAACUCACAGACCUGAACAACGACAGCGCCAUGGCGGAUGAGGAAUGGCUGGGGCCGAAAGAGGAGCAGCCGAACUUUGAGGUGUUGCAGGAAUCAGUCGCCGACCCCCAGGACGUUUCCUCGCGGGAGUCGUCACCGCUUCCUGAGCCACCACAACUGAGUCCUCUGCGGGCGUCGCCUUCAGCAGGGAACAGACGUGCCUCGCGUGCUGAAAAGACAAAGGAACGCCCGGGAGACUUCAGCACCAUCAUUGAAGAGAACACGCGCGAUCUGGAGGAGAAAUCGCCCUCCAAACCAUCGUCACGUCGUGGCACGCCCAAGCACGCUGGCAUCAGCAAGACCCGUCGGCAGGGCGCUAACCCCCGACGCUCCCCGGCACGGACAUCUCUCGAAGAAGCGCUUCUCCCACAACCGGAAUCGGAACCCGAAGAGGCACUGGCAGCGGCAGAUUACUCCACGGACGAAGAUGAGCUCGCUGCUGCCCCUCCCCAGAAGACACCCCGUCGCGAGACUGUCGUCUCCAAACUACCUGUAGCCAAGGAGGAGGCAGCGCAGCAGAGUCCGCUGACCAUGGCCAACAUUGCAGCCAAGCUGGCGGCUUCAGAGAGGGAGGCGGAUGCAGCCAGGGUGAGGGCGAAGCUCAGGGCCUUGAGAGGGGUCAAGGAAACAAAGCAGUCUGCCGCUGCUGCUGCAGCUGCAGUCCCAGCCCCUGAGCCUGCGUCGAAACGAGAAGAGCCAGAGGAAGACGGCGAUGGCGAUCCUGUGAAACAAGAUCCCAGUGCGCAGAAGCAGGUCAAGAGGAAGAGGGACAAGGGGACAAGCAGGGUGACUUCGAGGAGGCGCAGUACGCUCAGUCCUUGGGAGCUGGACAAGCUCAUGGCUGGGAAUGUGCAGUGAUACGCUGCGUAUGGGUCUGGCGUUGGGGGCAAUCGACAAGCGUGAUAGAAUCUCAAUGGGAUCCGUUUGAUUUCUUAAUGGCC